CAUAAUGUUCCCAAAAUUCAAUGCGAACAACUUUGCCAUGGGAGAAAUCAUGUCAUCUGAAUCUUCUAACUGCAAUCAAUAAACACCAAUUGCAUUGAUGCUGUUCUCUCUCUCGAUCUCUGCCAUAUAAUGAGCAUGAGUAGCAUGAUAACUUUCUCUGUUAGAACAGCUACGGUGCAUGACUAAAAACAACUCUAUAAAUACAAUAAGUGAGUGGUUCCUCCUUCGGUAGCGAAUUAAUUAUAUUAGAAGACAAAAUAAUUCAAAGAUGAAGGUUUUCAGUUAUAGAGCUUUUUCGCUGGUAUGGUUUCUUGUUUUCAUGGUAGCAUUGGUAGUAGUGGCACAAGUGGAUAGCACUUCAUGCACAAGCACAUUCUUCUCGGCGCUUGUGCAGCUGAUUCCUUGCAGGGCAGCGGUUGCUCCGUUCAGCCCAAUUCCACCAAGCGAGUCGUGCUGCAAUGCCCUUAGAGCUCUUGGCCAACCAUGCUUGUGUGUUCUUGUCAAUGGCCCUCCAAUUUCAGGUGUUGACCGUAACAUGGCCUCACAGCUACCAGAGAAGUGUACUACAAACUUUGAACCAUGUGUCAUUAUAUGAGAUGAAGUUAGAGCGCGAAGCUAAGUUACAAUUAGAAAUAAGUGUUAUUAAUUGAAGUGUGAUUUAUAUAUUGCAG